UCCUUUGUCUUCCACUCAGUAUAUAUAUCCCCUGGAGGAACUGACAAACUCACCCCAGCUCAGGCUGCGCGAAUUGUUGUUGACCAUCAUAUCUCUCCCUCCCAGUCUGUUGUCUGAACUGCAAGAUGUCUGGGUACUCUCGACAGCCAAUCGAAGAAGCGAGAAGCCGAUAUUUAUCAAGCGGGCAGUCGUCUUGGCGCUCUUCGUGUCUCCCAGACCCGUCCCUGUCUAGUCCCUCGCUGCCGAGGCACGCCAACGUUGUCAUGACCACCUCAGAUCACACUGGAUAUGGUGAUCGUCAACAGAUUGACUACCCGUAUGAAUCUGCUCCGACAGAUGUCGGCCAUCCUUAUUACCUCCAACCUAGUCCUUAUCACCAGCGGACGCUCAGCGAUGAGUCGGUGGCCACAAAGGCUGUAUCUCCUGGAUAUCAGUAUUUUCCGAAAUCAGCAGCGGAUCAAGACAGUCGUUAUGAGUGGUCUUCACCAGUCCCACCCGGUCUCCUUGAAUACCCAGACAGCAAUUGCGCUACCACUGUCUAUCCAUACCAGACAUCUGCCGAGACGAUGCAAAAUGAGCAUUGCACCGAAGCAUCGGCUGCGCCAGAUAAUUCAUCUGAAACCAAUAUCUACCGAGUACGACGAAAAGACGGGCAAGACUUCAAGUACGGAGAACUGAAGGUGAAGGUGCCUCAUGUCGAUGUAAAUACAUGGAAGGAGAUUGCUGCUGUUACUGGCAGAGCCCGAGGCACUAUCUCGAAAGGAGGACGCCAAGAUGAUACUUGGAAAAUACAGAUUAUAGCCAAGCGCCAGAAAUCUCGUAAGCAGAGAAAGACGGACAAAGAGCUUGACCCAGACCAUCGGGCCAACAUCUCAGCCGGUUCUACCAAUAAGAAAUGGUAUUUGGUGCAUCGUGUGAGGUGGCAUGAAUUCAAAUAUGACAACGGCUCUGUCAAAUCUGUCCGAUUGCAAGUAUGGCAUGAUGCCAAUUGUGACUCGCCAACUGCUGUUCAAAGGAGUAGUAGCAGCUCGCCGGGAAAUCCAAGUCCAUUCGAUGUACUUGAGUAUGACGGAAUGUGA